CAUGUCCAGUCGGGAAGAUCAGGAUGACGACGGAAGUGGGCGGUAACGGUCAGAAGGAGGCGCCUCUCAGGAUCGCUUGCGUUCAGAUCGAUUGUAAGCAUGGAAUGGUAGAGCGGAAUAGAGACAGAAUUCUAGAAUUGACGAAAGGCUUGAAACGCGGAGAUGUUGACUUGAUCAUGUUGCCAGAGAUGGCAUUGUCAGGAUACAUCUUUGAUAAAAAGGAAGAUAUCGCACCAUUCCUAGAAGAUCCUAGUAAGGGAGAGCAGCAUUCACCUUCCCUUGCUUUGGCAGUAAUUCUGGCAAGUCGAUUGAAUUGCUAUGUUUCAAUAGGUUUUCCAUGUAUAGGAUCUGCAUUUCAGAAAACUCAAUCAUCGGAUCAAGUUACAUAUCAAAUCACGAAACCAUUUGACGCAAGACAGCAGGACAUUCUACCAGAGAGGUGGCCAGAGCCAGCAGCAUUCAAUGCUUCUAUGUUCGUCGAUAGAACCGGCAAGAUCAUUCAUACGUUCCGAAAACACUUUAAUUAUACCAAUGAUAAAGUUUGGGCAACCGAAGGACCAGGGUUCGAAUGUAUAAAAGACGUACCUCUACUCGGCAAUGUUUGUGUGGCUAUCUGUAUGGACAUUAAUCCGUACGAUUUUCAAGCCCCUUUUGAUGCAUUUGAGCUGGCACGAUUUUGUCAAAAAGAAGAAGUUGAUACACUCCUGAUGAACAUUGCAUGGCUAGCGUCCGAUCAGGAGGAGAGUGAAGAUGAGGGUGAAGAUCAAAAAAGCAAAGAAGAACAAUUGCAAUAUGCCCAACUUCAACAUAUGUCUUAUUUAGCGCAAAGACUAUUACCACUUUUCAAAGACCAAGACGGACAGCCUCAAAGACGAUUAAAAUUCAUUGCAUGCAAUCGGGUUGGUACAGAAGCAGGUACUGUAUUUGCCGGGACUUCAGUUGGCAUGCAAUUCACUCCUGGAUCAAGACCUUGCGUUCAGGGGUACAUGGGUAGAGAAGAGGGAAUGAUGGUGAUUGAAAUGUAAAGAUAGAUGAUGAUGCUUUCCUCCUAAUUGUAAGAAUAUGCCAGUAUGCUCAUGAAUGUCUGACGUCCACGUG